AUGAGCAGAUUCUCAACAAGUCUAAUAAACAUUCGUUUGUUCGGAAAGGCUUUAAAUAUUAUUUUGGCCGCACAACGGCCUUUAACGCUCUCGGAAAUGAACGUUGACGUAAAUAUAGAUCACAAAUCAGAGUCGAUUCACGACCUCGACCUAGAAGAAGAAGGACUUGAAGGUUCGCCUCAGAUAUUGGUGUGGAUUGUUCGUUUCAAUCUAUCAGGGCAAGGUCUACUUCCUUCACCAAACUGCUCGGGAGUUGUUCCUCGCAGAUCUGCCAUCAUCUACGACUAUUCCCAAGGACCUACACUAGCAUCACUUUAUCACUAUCCAUAA